CAACGAUAAAUGCCGCUUAGAAGUGGUGGACAUCAUCCGAAAGCUGUGUAAUGCCUGAAUAUUAAUUUGAGAUACAGCUCAGCACUGUGUUCUGGUCAAAAAUAUUGAAUUAUAAUGACUUAAUGAAUUAAUUUAUUAUUUAUUGAAACCUAUUAUGGUGUGUAAAGGGUCAUAACAUUAGUGAUGGCUUUCUGAAGUCCAUUUCCAUGUUCAACUAUGUCCCAUAUGUUGUUGGAGCAAUUUUAGGGUUGAUAACAUUUGUUACACACAUUUGGUGGUCAAUAAUCAAAUUAUCUGAAACUUCUGAACAUGGGGUGGUCCGUAGCGUAGUGGGUUACACAGGCGUGUAUAGAGGCUACAGUCCUCGCUGCGGUGGAGCCGGGUUUGAAUCCGGCCUGAGCUCCCUUUGCCGCAUGUCCUCCCCUCUGUCAACCCUUUCUCUCUGUCUCUCGCUUUCAAUAAAGCAUGUAAAAUGCCCAAAAAAAUAAUCUAAAAAAAAAAACUUCUGAACAUUAAGUUGUUAACUAAUGUCAAGCUAAAUAUAUGCUUAGAGAGUAACUUAAAUUUAGGUUUUACAUUACUAAUUGACCACAGGUAAGCACUUAAGUCAUUACUUUAGAAUUGUAAUUGCAAGUUGACAAAGAGGUCUAUUAUGUCUGUAAUCACCGUAAUAAUUCAACACCUGUGAUCUGAAUUCUUUAAAAAAAUAGAUAAUACAAAAAUCAUAUGCUGUAAAGAAUUAUGCGUGAGGCUUCAAAGGUUUUUUAGACAUGUUGAGUGAAACUACAAAGUACAAUUUUUUUGAAUGCCUGUAAGACGCAUAACCCAAGCAGAGUGAAGUUCUUUCUCAAAUUACUCCAAUUUUGCAUCAUUAACUUGUCUUGUCUGCCUGUGACAUGCCCUCAGUCCUGACGACUGCAGCACUUCAAAAAUAAUAACUCUAAACCCUGAAGGAUCGCUUACUUGACAGUCAUCCAUAAAUUUUGACACUUCAUGGGUGUGGUAGAUAAAAAUAAGGCAGAAUGAUUCACAUGUGCCCUGGGAUACACCUCCUCCGCCCCAUCAUGGAAUGCUCAGCAGCCUGGAGACAAAGAAACCUGUUGUGCACGGAAAAAUAUCCUUAUGAGUGUGUUCAUGUGUGCAUGUGUUUAAAAAAAAAGUGGGAGUGGUGAGACGAGCACCUCCCCGAGACCGCAGAUCCUACCUGCUCAGGCAGCUUUUCAGUUGAGGACAUGUACUGAGGUUUCCUGGGUGAGAGACGUAACAACACCUGAACAAACGGAGAAGACAACAUAUGAACGCAGCUUUAAAGUCCUCACACAACUGACCAUGAGUGAACACUUGAGAGGAGGCCACUACGGAUCCUCGCCCCAAGAGCUGAGACUGGUUUUGCUGGGAAACAUUGGCUGUGGAAAGACGUCUUCAGCAGACACUAUCCUGGGUCAGCUGUCCCCCAUCUCUCCCAGUUCCUCCAGGAGCUGCCAGCUGCGACAGGGCAUCUCUGAGGGCCGGAGUGUUUCCGUGGUGGAGGCACCGAGAUGGUACUGGAGCGGCGGCAAGAUGGAGGACAGUGUCAGGACGGAGACGGAGAGAGGGAUGACGCUGGUGUCACCAGGUCCACAUGCUAUUCUGCUGCUGGUGCCUGUUGGCCAAUUCACAGAGAUGGAGGGUCGUGUGCCUGCAGAGCUGGAGGAGGCAUUUGGUGAGGAGGUGCUGGAUCACACUGUGGUCCUGCUGACCUGUGGGGACUACUUGAUGGGAAGAACAGCAGAGGAAUACCUUCAGAAAGAACACCCAGGCCUGAGGCAGAUCAUUGAGCGCUGUGGGGGGAGGUACCAUGUCAUCAAUAACCGUCAGCGUCAGGACAGGGAGCAGGUCCGCGAGCUGCUGGAGAAGGUGAACGAUAUGGUGGCAAGAAAUGGGGUAUACUUUAUGAAAACAGCCCAAGACAGAGAUCUGGAGAAACGAGUGCAAGACAGGAAGCGAGAACUUAUGGAAACUUUCCGAGUUCAAAAGGAGGAGAGAAGAGAGGCGCACGUCUCAAACACAGAAACACUGAGGAGUAUCGACCAAGAAGACUACAACUACUCCUUGGAGAGGAGGAGGAGAGAAGAGAGGGAGGAGAUGGAGAGAAGUUUGAGUCUGCGCCAAAGAUCAAACGGGCUUCAUUCAACCCCAGCUCCGGAGCAACAGUCGUAUUCAGAGCCGCAAGAAGGCGCACAGGUGACGAGGACGCCCAGUUUCAGACUGAAUGCAGAUGGAGCUACACUCUCACAAAUGUCAGAAGUUAAAUCAACUCCAAAAGUGGUCUCUACUUUUCACCACAGAAUGAACAGCUUUGAAGAGAGAUCUCCGGAGGCGUCUCCGACCUCUCCUCAUUCGCCCGUCUUCAUCUCUUCACCUUCCUCACCCACCUUUGCUGCCUCUCCCACCUCAUACCCCUCAUCCUCCUCUUCCACCUCAUAUACUUCAGCUGCCUCUUCCACCUUAUACCCAUCAUCCUCCUCUUCCACCUCAUAUACUUCAGCUGCCUCUUCCACCUUAUACCCAUCAUCCUCCUCAUCUUCUUCAUUCCCCUCAUCUUCUUCUUCUUCUUCAUCCUCCCCGGAGCUUCGUCUGGUGCUGCUUGGGAGAUCUGGAUCAGGGAAGAGUGCAGUGGGCAACAGCAUCCUGGGGCGGGAGGAGUUUGUCUCAAAUCCGGACAGCCUCACAGCGAUCACUCAGAAAUGUGAGAAAAAGAAAGCACUGGUUGAUGGAAAACAGGUGGCGCUGGUUGAUACUCCAGACUGGUUUAAUUCAGAACAAACUCCAGAAGAGGUGCGAGCUCAGAUCUCCUCCUGUGUUGCUCUGUCAAGUCCUGGUCCACAUGCCUUCCUCUUUUGCGUCCCCUUAGACCAGCCUGCAAAGACCGAGCUUCAGGCUCUCGGGGCCCUCGAGUCCGUCUUUGGCCCCGAGGCGGUCCAGGCACACACUCUGCUCCUCUUUACUUAUGCUGAUAAACUGAGGGAGAGCGGGAAGGCCGGAAAUGACAGCGUGGAGGCCUACAUCGCUGGUCAGAGGGGGGAUUUGUUAAAGCUGGUGGAGAAAUGCGGGGACAGGUUUCAUGUGAUGGAGAAGAUGGGAGGCUGGAGGGGCAGCAAGAAUGUGGCGGAGCUGCUGGAGAAGGUGGAGCAGACAGUGAAGGAAGCUGGAGGACAAUGUUACUCCCAUCCUGCUUUUCAGGAGGCAGAGACCAGAGUGAGGCAGAGACAGGUGGAGAUAGCAAAAGCGAGAAGGGGGGAGAAGUUGGAGCAAGACAGAUUUGGAGACGUUAGACAGCUCAGCUCUGAAAGGCGGGCACUCUAUCCCUACAUGGAGCCUGUGGCAGAGGCAGAAGAGGAAGUGAGAGAGGAGGAGAUUGAGAAAACAAGGGAUGAGGCAGAGAUGAGUGUCAGCACCAUGAAUAUCGAGAGUCUUCCUCUUAUUACACGUUCCACCAUGUCCCCUUCCCUUCUCCGCUCUAUUAUGGAGAAAAUGCAGGCUAAUGUGAAGAAUUUACCCAAGCUGUUGGCAGACGGAUCUGUGUGGGUCGGCGACGGAGCAAAGAAGGUGAAAGCUAGUCCGAUGUGGGGGAAGGUCGGCAGCAGCGCACAAAAUGUCCAGAAGAUGGUGGCUGAUAGUGCUGUUUGGGGAAAGGUGGGAGCUGGUGCUGGACACGUGUCCAAGCUGGUAGGAGAUAGAGUCCCCAAGUCAGUGCAGGACGGUUCUGCAUGGGUGGGAUCUGGAGCAAAGGCAGCAGCAGCUAGUCCUAUGUGGGGGAAAGUUGGUUCAGGGGCCAAAUCAGGGGCCAAACUUGUAGCAGACCGGUCCAUGCGUGUCGGAGCUGGGCUUGGAGCUGGGGCAAAGAAUUUGGCGCAGAGUCCUAUGUGGGGAAAAGUGGGAUCUGGGGCCAAAAGUGGAGCUAAACUGGUGGCUGAAAACUCUGCGCGACUUGGAGCUGGAAUCGGUGCCGGAGCAAAGAAGGUGGCGCAGAGUCCAGUGUGGGGGAAGGUGGGCUCUGGGGCCAAAGCAGGUGCCAAAAAGGUGGCAGAGAGCCCGGUGUGGGAGAAAAUUGGGACUACUGCUAAACAGGUGCCCAUGGUGGUCAUAGGGGGCGCUUUGCUGGGUCUGGUGCUUGGGGUGGUUUUCGGAGGGGGGUUUCUUGGCGCAGCUGUCGGCGCGGCUGCUGGAUCUGUGGCAACUGAGGUGGGCAGACGAAAACUCGGCAACAAAACCACAUUAGAAAAGACAGAGGAUGCUGCAAAAGAUGUGCAGAGAUCUGUGAACGACAACAUAAACUCUUUAGUGAAACAAGGAGAGAAAGUACUGAAAACUGAAUGAACGGCUAAAUGGAUCAUGUAUAUAAAAUGUAAGACAAAUGUAAAAACAUUUAGUUGUGAAUUAAUACCAUUAGUGUAUAAUUCAUAAACAGUGGCAAAUGCUUUUAAUUUUUAUUUACACAAAUUGACUAAGACACUUCUAUUCUUGGUUUCCUGUAUUUUAUAAGAAUAGUUAAAGGUUUAUUAGUUAAAGGAUUAUUUUCAAAAUACUUGUAUUGAAUAUUUUACAAAUGGAUUCCUUGAGAUGAUACCUUUGAUGAGAUUAAUAUUUGUGUAUUCCAGCAAGAAAUUAAUGGGUGUGACUAUUUUUAAAAGGGUUAAUGUCACUUUUCGUAAAUGAGGAAAUGUUCUAGCAAAGUAUAGAAUUUUGUCAAAAUAAACGUGGCUGAAAUGAUUAUGUUUAUGCACAUGACGAGUAUUUAGCUGCUUAUCUUAUAAACUGAUUGUGUCAAAUUCUGUAAGAAAAAUAAAAAUUACUAUUUUGGAUGAUUUAAAGUUUCAUUUCAUAUCUGUCUCUUAAUGUAAGUAGUAAAUUCAAGGUGAAAUUAGACUUAUUAUACACUUUAAUUAAAUAAAAACCCCAUAAAUGAUUCACUAUUUCUCUAAUGCACACAGACUGUAUUUAAUGCAUUUACUGAACCUCUAAGCUUGUUAAACUUCUGUAUUAAAAAGCUUUAUUUUUUAAUAUCAGAAGGCUGAAGCUACUCU